AUGCAAGGCAAGGUUUCUGGUCGAGGCAAAGACCUUGCUGCGCAGAGGCCAUCUUUCCUCGCUGUAUUGAGUGACCAAUGGUCUCCAUCAUCGAACCCUAACGGAAUCGUGAAUCUAGGCCUUGCCGAGAAUACACUCAUGCACACGGAGAUGGUGGGCUUCAUCAAUUCUCAUCUACGACCCAAUUCACAUGUAUUGACCUACGGAGAUGGGUUCAGUGGCUCCCACAAGCUCAAACAAAUGCUUUGUCACUUCAUGAACAGUCAAUUUUCUCCUCACUCUGCACUCUGCUCCUCCCAUCUUGUCGUUACAUCUGGCGUCAGCAAUGCACUCGAAUGUUGCGCCUGGGCUUUAGCAGAUCCUGGAGAUUUUUUUAUGGUCGGACGGCCGUAUUUCAAUGCAUUUAGGACGACUUUUGGAAGCCGACCAGGAGUCCAGCUUCUUGAAGUGGAGUUUGGAGAAAUAGAUCCAUUCAGCAUGGCCGCAAUCCAACAGUACGAAAGAGCAUUUACUGAAGUGAAAAACAGAGGCUUACGGAUUAAGGCUCUUGUGUUGUGCUCACCUCAUAAUCCCCUUGAAUACUUGAAGUUAUGCUCGAGGAAUGGACUUCACCUUAUUUCCGACGAGAUCUACGCGCUAUCUGUCUGGGAUAACCCUCGUCUUCCCGAUGCGGCAGGUUUUAAAUCGGUUCUGUCUAUAAACCUGAAGGGGAUCAUUGAUCCAAGCCUCGUACAUACUGUAUGGGGCUUAAGUAAGGAUUUCGGUGCAACCGGACUAAGGAUUGGCUGCUUGGUUAGUCAAUCGAAUAAGCUGCUCUUGGAGGCCGCAGAGGGCAUUUCCCUCUACAAUAUUCCAUCCAGUCUAGCAGACCAGGUUACCACCUCGCUCUUGCUAGAUGACAGCUUCAUGACAAAGUAUAUUGCGAUCAAUAGGUCACGCUUGGCCGACAGCUAUCAUUUUGCGACAAAGUGGUUACGGUCCCAUGGAAUUCCUUAUCUUGAGUGCAACGCUGCUUUCUUCAUCUGGAUUAACUUAGGCGCUGUGGUAAAAGAUGCCACAUCUGAGGAUAUUCUUGCAAGGCUCCGAAAAGAGAAAAUCUACAUUGCGGCUGGGGAACAUUAUGGGGCGGAAAAAACAGGAUGGUUUCGGCUGGUUUUCUCGCACCCGCUGGACGUUUUAGAAGAGGGACUGAAGCGGAUAAUUAAGUCUAUUCAAUAA